GGUCUGCUUAUUGCUAGGGGAGAGAAGAGAAACCACUUUCCUUGUACGACAUUCCGGUGAAGACGACUGUUUUCUACCUACCGCGGCUUAUAUAUAGGACACGGAACGGAAGUCCCCAUCCAUUUCUGGAGCAACGGAGGAAGUCGACGAGAGACCACGCCGCGCGAGCGCCGGGAGCCAACGAAUCGAACGAGCGACAAGCAGAGAGCGAAGAGAUCGUUCGUUGCGCCGGUCCACCGGAGUCGUCCACCAACAACCAUGGCCGAGGAGGAGGCGAAGAUGCCCUACCUCCCCAUCGACAUGAUCUGGGAGAUCUUCCUCCGCCUUCCGCCCAAGCCCCUCCGCCGCUUCCGCGCCGUGUGCCACGCCUGGCGAGACCUCGCCACCGAGCACUACCUCCUCCUCGCCCACCACCUCCGCCAGCCGUCCGACCUCCUCAUCCAGUUCGAGGGCUUCGUCCAAAGGAGACCCCCGUCCACGCCCGACUACAUGGACUUCCGCGUCGACGCGGUCGACCUCCGCGCCAGGAUCAUCCGCCCCGUCGUCCUCUUCACCGAGCGCAAGCACCACCUCAUCGGUAACGUCCUCCAGAUUCACGGCAGCUGCGGCGGCCUCCUGCUCAUCUCCUUCACCGACUACUUCGCCAGGACCAAGCGCCUCGACCUUUGCAACCCCGCCACGCACCAGUGGGUUCCCCUCCCGUGGAUUGACACCUACGACAUCGCCGGGCUCUACCAGCAUGGCCAGGACUACCGGGUGCUGUACCGCCGAGGCAUCCGCUUUGGUGCCAACGAGACCUACCUGAUCUUCUCGAUGACCUCUCGUGAGAUCAGAGACAUCGGGUUCCCAGUGGCGUCCCAGUCCGACGCCGACGCGAUCGCGUGUCUGCAGAGAGGGCCGAGGCAUGCCUACUUGAACCCGCCCGUCCUCCUCCAGGGCAACCUGCACUGGCCGCCGCGGUCGGAGGAAAGCAACACCAUACAGGUGUUCGAUACGGAGGCGGAGACUUUCCGGUCCAUGCGUACUUCCAUCCAGCCGGGAUCGGUGUCGUCACUGUUUGACAUGGACGGCACGCUUGCCAUGUCCAGCCGCGAGAACGCUAUGAAGCACCCGCUGUUCGUGGACCUCUGGCUUCUUCAAGACUACGAGAUGGAGACAUGGGUGCGCAGCUACAGUAUCAAGUUCAAGGCGGAGGAGGAGGGGAUCAUAAGCUAUAGGUGGCCUCGUGCGUCGUUCGUCGUGUCUCGGCAGGGAGAUGUGCUAGUCGAUUGGUGGGAUCGGCUCUUCUGGUACGAUAUGGGGGGGAACUUGAAGGGCAAUAUCCAAGGCGAUCCCAGGUUCACUCAGUUUCUACUCAAGGAAAGUCUUGUCCCACUCCCACAGCAAUUCUUUCAGCACAUUGCUAUUGGUGAUGUUCCAGCACCGCCUUACUUCCGCGGCCUAUGGCCAUAAGCCAUUGCCAUAGGCUACAUGGAAUUGCUGGUGGUUUCCUUGUGUUCUGCUUUACAGGUUUCAGCAGUAACACUUCCGAUACUGCAGUGUAAACUGGGGAAACUUGAACUCAUCACUCAUUAGGUCUUUUUGCUUGUCCA